CUUCCUUUAAUUUUUUAUUUCAAUUCAGUAUUAUACGGAAAAUCCCAGUUGACACCUCAAAGCAGAAGAAAAAAGCUUCAAAACCAUCAGCAAUAUUUUCUUUCUUCCCGUUCCUUCCUUCUUCUGCUGCUCAUUUCCGCGGUUCUCCCAUGUCCAAUCAUCUCUCAAUGCGCAGCAGGAGCAAGCGGCACCAAGAUCUCUGAAUCUUUCUUUUCUCGAGCUGAAAGCCCCCCCUCCAGUCCAGACCGAGAAAAGAGUGGAAGAAAGAAAAAGAAUGCGGGCUCUCCUCACGCGGCCUUCUUGGCCGGUACUGUUGCUGAUCAUACUCGCCGCCGUUCCUCUGUCGACAGUUCACUGUACUGGCGUUCUCCACCUGGAGAGGGCUCUGCCACUGAACUAUCCGGUUCCCAUUGAGCAACUCAGAGCUUGGGACCGGGCAAGGCACGCCCGCGUCUUGCAAGGCUUCGUUGGCGGCGUGGUCGACUUCUCAGUCCAAGGUUCCCCCGAUCCUUUCCUCGUCGGACUUUAUUUCACGAAAGUGAAACUUGGCUCUCCUCCUAGAGAGUUCAACGUGCAGAUUGAUACUGGCAGCGAUGUAUUAUGGGUGAACUGUGCCUCCUGUGGUAAUUGUCCACGUUCUAGUGGCCUAGGGAUUCAGCUUAGUUUUUUUGAUGCUGCGGGCUCUUCCACUAGUGGUCUGGUUCCGUGUGCAGACCCAAUUUGUGCAGCAGCUGCUCGAACCAGUUCCGCACAGUGUUCGGAGAGUGGUCAGUGUGGCUACACGUUCCAGUAUGGAGAUGGGAGUGCAACUUCUGGUGUUUAUAUAACUGAUACGUUCUACUUUGACUCGAUUUUGUCCGGUUCAAUGAUUGCCAACUCGUCGGCGCUUAUCGCAUUUGGUUGUAGCACGUACCAGGGUGGUGACUUGACUAAGACGGAUAAAGCGGUUGAUGGAAUUUUUGGAUUUGGCCAAGGGGCUCUCUCCGUAAUAUCUCAAUUAUCGUCCAGAGGGAUAACACCUCGAGUUUUCUCUCAUUGCUUGAAAGGAGAGGGCAGUGGAGGUGGUAUAUUUGUUCUUGGUGAGAUUUUGGAGCCAGGGAUUAUCUAUACUUCACUUGUCCCAUCACAGGCUCAUUACAAUUUAUAUCUACAAAGCAUAGCAGUCAAUGGACAGGUGUUACCUAUUGACCCGGUAGCCUUUUCAACAACAACUAAUCGAGGGACGAUAGUUGACACUGGAACAACGUUGGCGUACCUUGUGGAGGAAGCUUAUAAUCCUUUAGUCAAUGCUGUCACUGCUGCCGCCUCACAGUCUGUUACUCCUACAAUAAGUAGGGGAAACCAGUGUUACUUAGUCACUUCCAGUGUAUCUGAUCUAUUUCCACUGGUGAGCUUUAAUUUUGCUGGUGGUGCUUCUAUGGUACUAAAACCAGAGGAGUACCUCUCUCAGCAAGGUUCCUAUCAGGAUGGUGGUGGGAUGUGGUGCAUAGGUUUCCAGAAGGGUCAAGGACUAACCAUUUUAGGAGAUCUUGUUCUCAAAGACAAGAUCUUUGUGUAUGAUCUGGUCCAUCAGCGGAUUGGAUGGGCCAACUAUGACUGCUCGUCGUCAGUAAAUGUCUCUGUAACUUCUAGCAAGGACUUCAUCAAUGCCGGACAGUUGAGUAGUGUAAGCAAUUCUUCUAGAGACCUGCUCUUGGAGCUGCUGCCUCUAGCCGUUGCAGCCCUCUUCUUGCACAUAUCACUAUUGAUUGAGUUCAAGGUUUUCUGAUUUUAACUCACACGUGAACUAAGAAGAUUAAACAACAAGAUGAAUGAAUAUCAUCUAUCUUCUAAAUUCGCCAUUCUUUGCCAAGUUGUUUACAUUGGCUUGCCGAGUGGGUCUUCUUCAGAUUGCAAAGGUAGUCGGUUUUGCCCCCCUCUCUUACAUAUAUAGUGUUCUUCCAUGUCUUCUGCGUUUUGUUGAUUGGUGAUGGUAACUGGUGAAUUAGGGCAUAUAAUGGGAUCUAUCCAUCUCUUUUUUCUCUUUUCUUUUUUGAGGGUGUUAGAAAGGUACGGUGCCCAAGUAGAGCAAUUGGCCUGAAAGUGUAAAUUAUGUAAUGGUGUUCAAUCAGGCAGCAAGGUUUUUUAGGUGUUGUGGUUUUUGUAUCAUUGGCAUCGUCCCACCAAUUAAAGGUGUGGUUUCGUAAUCAAGGGUGAAGCUUUUGUAACUAGCACUUCUCUCUUCUCAACUUUUGUAGUUAGAGCUUUUUGUCUUGAGACUACUUUCUGGAAUGCAGCUAGUAAAAUUGAGUACUAAAAUGACAGAAUAGUAAUUUUAGAACAACUUUUAGCGAUUCUGAAGUUAUAACCCCAAAGUUACAAGCCCUUUCUUAGCUCAACCCCGUGAUACAUAUUUGAUUGCUUUGGCCAAAUUGAUUUCCAUUCCUUGCCGUGGUUCAACCACACGAAUAGCCGGAAACUUGUGAUGAUAGAUCGGCGGCAUAGCGCCGGCAAACGUAUCUUGGUAAAUUAUGAACUACAACACCAGUCAAAUGAACCAAAACGGAAACGACGACUCCCGUGAGGGAGUUUACACUGAGAUCGGCGGCGGAACUUGUGACAUUAAAGAGCUGAGGACGGCCGGAAUUCCUUCCUCGUCGACCAAGUUCCUCACUUUCACGGUCGCGGCGCCGCUGAUUCUGUGCACGCUCCGAGCAAUUCGAAUCAGAUCGCUUCCUUCCAUCUUCUUCGCCGACGGGACCAGCACCAGCUGCGUCCCCAACAUCUCGUCACAAAUCCUCUCGAACUCCAUCAGCACCUCAGCCAAAACUCCAACCCUGUUUCUCCCAGCCAACACCUUCACAAGACCCAUCAGAAGCUCGCCGGUUCCCCCUCUCUUCCCCAGCUCCUUGACCAAUUCCGCCUUCUCUUCGCCGCCCAUCAUCGGGUCGGCCAGGAAAUUCCGGAUCGGGUCGGGCUUCAGCAGCCUGGAGAGCCUCCGGACGUCCCGCCGGACUCUGUCGAGGGCGCCUCUGCAGCGAGCUAUGUCGACAAGCGCCGCCGCGUAGCCGCUCGCUGGACUCCGGUGGGUUUCCGGAGCCGGGGCGGCGGGGGUAGCGGGAGGUUUGGGCGUGCGGAGGGAGAAGGUUGGGGAAGCGGUUCGGGAUUUGGAGGCCGGGCGGGAAGAAUUGGGUUUGGCGGCGAGGUGAGGAUGGAGCGGGUGGAGGGCUGCGGUGAGAGUUCUGAAGGGAAAGGCUUCGCGAGAUGGAGGAUGGACGAACGGAGCUUUGAAGGUGGAGAUGGAGCUUGAGAGGGUUUCCAUGGCGGGUGAUGCUAAUUCGAUUGGAGUUGGGGACUUCGGGGGUUCUUUUUUCUUUCUCCGGACUGUAUUUCACUGGGAAGAAAUUUCA